CCCUUCAUCUUCUUUCAUCUUCUCUAGAGGCCCUAACAAUAAAGGAGCUCUCUCUGAUCUGCUUAGGCAAUAAAUCUUAUCGUUUUACUCUAGCUUCACAAGAUUAUUUAGAAUUGCUUCUUCUCUCGUCUUCAAUUUACAUAAUUGUUGUGAAAUUCCAGCUGAAUAUUCUUCACUCCAAGAAGCCGUGAAGAGAGAUAAGGGUUGUAGCUGGCAAUCUUUAAUUUCAUCUGGAGAAAUUUAUCACAAAAUAAUAUCUUGCUUUGGAUGUCUUAGUGCUUAAGCUGAGUGAGUGCUAUAAGUUAACUGAACAAAAGGUCUGGAGUAUCCCUUGUUUCGUCUGCAGAGAAUGCUGAAUUACUGUCUUUUGAUACUUGAUUGGUAGUUCUUGUAAUGGGGCUUAUGGCUGUUCUUCUUCAUGACAUCUUCUAAGUGUAGAAGAUACUGUCUAGAUACUUAUAUGGUUGUUUCAUGCGAGAGGUGGAUAGAUGGACUUUAGUUCUCCUCAUUGUUUUGGCCUCCACCACAAGAUGUAGAGCAAAGGAAGAGAGGUGCCGCAUGUUUAUUUGAAGAGUAUAGUACGCAAACACAAUGUUGAAGCUCCCUCUUUAGGGUGCCAAAUGACCAUGAUAAGAAGGAUAUGAGCACAUUAAGCAAAACUCACAGAUCGAAGCAAAUCAAAGCAAGGAAAAUCAGCUUAAUUAUCUUUGUUUCAUCAAAAGAAAGUCGAUGAUGCUAGCGAAAGGGCGAUGGAAGUAAUUGAAGUUCUUCACAUGAAUGGAGAGAAUGGAGAUAAAAGUUAUGUAAACAACUCAUUGUUUCAGGUUCCUGAAUUGGAAGAAAUUAAUAAAGGAAACAUUUACAUGGCAAGUUCAAGCCCUUCAAGCAUGAUAAGGGCAUAUGUCAAGCAAUUUAAGAAGGAUUUCUCGACAUUUCUGAGCUGCCGAGCAGAGGGAUUGGUAACCCAUGGCUGCAUGGUUUUGACGAUUUUGGGGAGAAAAAGUAAAGAUCCUUGUAGCAAAGAUGGCUGCUACAUGUGGGAGCUUUUAGCUUUGGCCCUUAAUGAUCUCAUUUCUGAGGCUCUGUUCAGAGUUUGAAGACUACUGGACCUUUAAGCUUUAAAAGUCUUGUUCUCUAUUUUCUUGGAAGAGUUGGCUGCAAGAAGCAUUUGACAAGGUAUAUAGCUCUGUGAAAACUUUAGAACCUACUUUUCAAGGAGCUGGUCAGACAAUGUAUCCUCGUUGAAAGACUGCAUUGGAUAAUUAUACUGAUGUUUCAAUAUCUAUUAUUCCAUUUAUUUCAUGAAAUAUGGAACGAGUCACGUGUUGCAUCACAUUGCGAAAAUUGCUACUAUACUAACAUGAAAAACCUUUCCAAAUAAUCUUCAACCCAAACAGGCUC